UUUUUUGCCGAGUAAGACUUUAUUGACUAGGUAUUUUCAAGGUAAAAAUAAGAUUUGCAACAUGCAAAGUGAGAAUUGUUUCUUUCACAGAAAGUCACCAUUACUGCAUUUGCAAGUUGCAUUUCCUACUAUUCAAAAUUGCUCUUUUCAUGGAUGAAACAAAUAUGCAAAUGUUUGUCAAAACAUUUUUUUUUUAUAGUGGGUGUGGAAUACUCUCAAUAUUCUCUGUUCUCUCCCAAUAGAAAUGUAGCAUUAAAAUCUAGUUUGAGAAAAGGGAAAGAGGGAGCAGUUUCUUUUGCUUCAUUAGAUUAUGAAUUUAAUGCGUACAGAGGAACUCCUUUCUGUGAAUCUAGAACAGCAAUUGCCAACGCCUUCAGCCUUAUCAUCAAGCAAUUGUGGACCUCCCCACUUAUCAAGGAGGACAGCUUUCUGUAAUGACAUCGACAGAAGUAGUGAAUUUCUCUAUAUUUCCAUCUCAGAAUUACUUUUUGGUGACUGGCUGAUGCAAUCUCUACAAGAUGAGGGGAGACCUUAGCUGUUGCACUUUGCAGGACAUUAUAUGACCAUUUUUACUUUCAACUCUAAUAACCAAAGUUGCUCUCAGGUCACCUUAAUAUAGGCCUCAUGAGAGAGAGAGGAAAACGACAGGAAAACCAGCAUAAUGACAUCGGCCACAGAUUUUGAUAAUGUUGAGAUACAGCAGCAGUACAAACACGUCAAUGAUCGGUGGGAACUCUCUGAUGAAGGUGAACUCGAUAAUGACAACAGCUCUGCAAGAUUGUUUGAGCGUUCCAGGAUCAAAGCUCUUGCGGAUGAACGCGAAGUUGUGCAGAAGAAAACCUUCACCAAAUGGGUGAACUCACAUUUGGCACGUGUAACGUGCCGUAUUACUGAUCUGUACACCGAUUUGCGAGAUGGCCGAAUGCUGAUUAAGUUGCUGGAGGUUCUUUCAGGGGAGCAACUGCCAAAGCCAACAAAAGGUCGGAUGCGUAUACAUUGUUUGGAAAAUGUGGACAAGGCUCUCCAGUUCCUCAAAGAACAAAAGGUGCACCUGGAAAAUAUGGGGUCUCAUGAUAUCGUUGAUGGGAGCCACAUGCUUACACUCGGUCUCAUUUGGACCAUCAUUCUCCGUUUCCAGAUUCAGGAUAUCACCGUGGAGACAGAUGAUUACCAUGAGACUCGGUCAGCAAAGGACGCACUUCUCCUCUGGUGUCAGAUGAAAACAGCAGGAUAUCCUAAUGUAAACAUCCGAAACUUCACUUCAAGCUGGAAGGAUGGGCUGGCAUUUAAUGCCCUUAUUCACAAACACAGGCCUGAUCUGAUUCAGUUCGACAAGCUGAAAAAGUCCAACGCCAUGCACAACUUGCAGCAUGCCUUUGAUGUAUCUGAGAAAAAUCUGAAUGUGACCAAACUGCUGGAUCCUGAGGAUGUGUUUACAGAGAAUCCAGAUGAGAAGUCAAUCAUUACCUAUGUGGUAGCAUUUUACCAUUACUUCUCCAAGAUGAAGGCAUUAGCAGUGGAGGGGAAAAGGAUUGGCAAGGUGUUGGACAAUGCAAUUGAAACCCAAAACAUGAUCGAUAAAUACGAAGAACUGGCAUCCGACUUGCUAACUUGGAUCGAGCAAACCAUCAUUGUCCUCAACAGUCGGAAGUUUGCCAACUCGUUGAGUGGAGUGCAACAACAACUACAGGCCUUCAAUACUUAUCGCACAGUGGAGAAACCUUCUAAGUUUCAGGAAAAGGGUAACCUUGAGGUGCUGCUGUUCUCCAUCCAGAGCAGGAUGAGGGCAAACAACCAGAAAGUGUUUACGCCGCAUGAAGGAAAACUUAUCUCAGACAUUAACAGGGGCUGGGAAGGGCUGGAGAAGGCAGAGCAUGAACGUGAGCUGGCUCUCAGGAAUGAACUCAUCAGGCAGGAGAAACUGGAGCAGCUGGCCCGCCGUUUCGACCGCAAGGCCUUUAUGAGGGAGACCUGGUUGUUUGAGAAUCAGCGGCUCGUCUCGCAGGAUAACUUUGGCUAUGACCUGCCUGCUGUGGAAGCAGCAAUGAAGAAGCAUGAAGCAAUUGAAACUGACAUUGCAGCCUAUGAAGAACGUGUGCAGACUCUUAUGGAUGUGUCACAGGAACUGGAGGCCGAGAAUUACCACGACAUUACACGUAUUAAUGCCAGGAAAGAAAACAUCCUGCGACUAUGGGAAUAUCUUCUGGAGUUGCUCAAUGCCCGGCGAGCAAGGCUGGAAAUGAACCUGGCCCUUCAGAAGAUUUUUCAGGAGAUGCUUCACAUCAUUGAUUGGAUGGAUGAAAUGAAAAUACGACUCUUAUCACAGGAUUGUGGUAAGCAUUUGAUGGGUGUGGAGGACCUUCUGCAGAAACAUGCCUUGCAGGAAGCUGACAUUGUGGUUCAGGCUGACAGGAUGAAAAUAAUCAAUGCAGGAGCACUCAAGUUCACUGAAGGAGAAGGUUACACACCCUGUGAUCCCAAUGUUAUCAAAGACCGUGUCGAUCAUCUGGAACUGUGUUAUGAGGAGCUCUGUGCGUUGGCAGCGGAAAGGAAGGCACGCCUUGAGCAGUCACGUCAUCUUUGGACGUUCUUCUGGGAGAUGGACGAAACGGAGAGCUGGAUUCGAGAAAGAGAGCAGAUCUUCUCAUCGCAGGAUUACGGGAAAGACAUUACCAGCAUUAUGAUUCUGCAGAGCAAGCACAAGACCCUGGAGGAUGAAUUAGGUAGUCUCAGGAAUCAUCUGCAACAGACUAUUAAACUAGGCAAUGACAUGGUUGCAGAGAACCACUUUGCUGCACCAGAGAUCAAGAAAAGAAUAGAGGAGGUCUUCUCCAUGUGGAGGGAUUUGGAGGAAUUGACUGCUUUCCGCAAGCAAAAUCUUCUGCAUUCACAAAGCUUCUUCCAAUUCCAAGUGGAUGCAGAUGAUCUCAAAACUUGGUUAGAGGACACUUAUCGUCUUAUGUCUUCAGACGAUGUCGGCCACGAUGAAUUUUCAACACAGACACUGAUGAAGAAACAGAGAGAUCAGAUAGAUGAAAUCAUGAAGUCUGGGACAGCUAUUGAUGGUCUAAAUAAGCAGUUUCAGAGUCUCCCGGAAGAAUUUAGAAAAUUGCCAGAUAUAAUGAACCGGCGGAGGGAGGUAAAGGAGCAAUAUGCAGAUCUCGUGGCUCUAUCUGAUCUACGGAAGCAACAUCUCCAGGAUGCUCUCGCUCUCUAUGUGAUGUUUAGUGAAGCUGAUGCGUGUGACUUGUGGAUGAAUGAGAAGGAAAAAUGGCUGGAGGGGGUAGAGAUUCCAAAGAAAAUGGAGGAUUUGGAAGUGGUACAGCACAGAUUUGAAACCUUGGAACAGGAAAUGAACAACCUGGGGUCUCAGAUCAAUGACGUAAACCACGCAGCAAACCACCUGAUAGAGAGUGGCCAUCCUAGCACACAGGAGGUUAAAGCAUGUCAGGAUCAUGUGAACCAAAGAUGGAUGAUAUUCCAGAAGUUAGUGGAGAUAAAGAAGAACAAUAUGAACUCUGCGUUAAGUCUUCAGAAUUAUUAUCUCGAGUGUGAUGAGACGAAAGUCUGGAUCUGUGAGAAAACCAAACUCAUUGAAUCAACUCAAGACCUGGGAAAUGACUUAGCUGGUGUAAUGACCAUUCAGAGGAAGCUGUGUGGGAUUGAGAGAGACCUGGCUGCCAUUGAAUCCAGGCUCCCAGAGUUGCAGAAUGUAGCCCAUACAUUAGCAGAUGAUUAUCCUAAGCAUGCCUCAGAUAUCCUGAAUAGGCUCAAGGAAACCAAUGAUGCUUGGGAUGAGUUGAAAUACACUCUUCAGGGUCGUGAAGAAUCACUUGGUGAAGCCAGCAAACUGCAGAAAUUCCUGCAAGAUUUGGAUGACUUUCAGCUGUGGCUAUCCAAAACUCAAAAAACCAUCGCUUCUGAAGAUGAACCAAACUCCUUACCUGAAGCAGAAAUGCUCCUCCGCCAACACAACGCCAUAAAAAACGAGGUAGAUCGUUAUGAGGAAGAUUAUCAGAAGAUCAGAGAUGGCGGACACGUGAUAACACAGGGAGAAACAGACCCACAGUUUCAAAUACUAGAGCACCGAUUGGAAGGAUUGAACACUGGUUGGAAUGAACUUCAUCAGAUGUGGGAAAACAGAAAGGAUCUUCUCUCUCAGUCCCAUGGAUAUCAGCAGUUCCUUAGGGACAGCAAACAAGCAGAUAGCAUUCUCAGAAACCAGGAAUACAGCUUGAUGCAUGUUGAAAUGCCAAAAACCUUGGAGGCAGCUGAUGGUGCAAUGAAAAAGCAAGAGGGUAUUAUGACAAGCAUGGAUGCCAAUGAAGACAAAAUCAUUGGGACAAUCGAUGAAGGAGAAAAGCUCAUCGCAGAUGGAAAUAUUUUUAAAGACAAGAUGCGUGACAAGAUAAAAUCUAUUGAAGAAAGGUACAAAGAAAAUAGGAAAAAGGCAACAGAAGUAACUGAACAUUUAAAAGACAACCGUGAUCUUCAACACUUCCAACAGAAUUGCCAAGAGCUUACUUUUUGGAUCAACGAGAAGAUGCUAACAGCCCAGGACACUUCUUACGAUGAAGCUCGCAAUCUUCACACAAAAUGGCAGAAGCAUCAAGCAUUUAUGGCUGAAUUGGCAUCAAACAAGGAGUGGCUGGACAAAAUCGACUGGGAAGGAAAGCAACUGAUGGAUGAAAAGCCAGAAUUUAAACCAGUUGUCUCAGAGAAACUAGAUGAACUACAUCAUCGGUGGGAAAUCCUGGACUCGACCACUAAGGACAAAGCACAUCGCCUGUUCCAAGCAAACCGGUCAGAGCUGUUCUCACAGGGCUGUGAGGACUUGAACAAAUGGAUGGAUGAGCUGGAAUCACAGCUGCAUGCUGAAAACUUUGGAAAGGAUUUAACUAGUGUCAAUAUUCUGCUGAAAAAGCUACAGAUGGUGGAGAACCAAGUGGAAGUGCGAGAGAAAGAGGUGGAGGAACUUGUGGGUCAGGCCAGAAUUCUCUCCGAAGAAGGACAGUUGGUGACAGAUGAGAAGGAAAAUGAUAUAGAGAAGAGAUUCUUGCAGCUGAUGGCCCCCCUGCAGAAACGCCGUCAAAAUCUUCUCAUGUCGAAGAUGAGUUACCAGUUUUACCGGGAUCUGGAAGAUGAAUCUCUUUGGGUGAAGGAACGAAUGCCUUUAGCCACAAACACAGACCAUGGCCACAAUCUGCAGGCAGUGCAACUUUUAAUGAAGAAGAAUAAGACAUUUCAGAAGGAAAUUCAAGGUCAUCAGCCACGUAUAGAUGAUGUGUUGGAAAGGGGAGAAAAGAUGAUUGUGGAUCAGAGACCAGAUGCAGGUACUAUCAAGGAACAAUUGAAAGAAUUAAAUGGAUUGUGGGCCAAACUGCAGGAAGAAACAGAAGAAAGACAGAAGCGCCUGGAGAGUGCAAAUGAAGCCCAACAAUAUUAUCUCGAUGCUGCAGAAGCUGAAGUUUGGAUGAGUGAGCAGGAGCUGUACAUGAUCUCUGAUGAUAAACCAAAGGAUGAAGAUAGUGCGACCUCAAUGUUGAAGAAACACCAGAUCCUGCAGCAGGCUAUCUUGGAUUACGGAAAUAUGAUUCAAGAGCUUGCCAACAGGGCCCAAAUACUUCUGGCUGCUGAGCACCCGGAGGGUGAGCAGAUUAUUAGGCGUCAAGGACAGGUGGACAAGCAGUAUGCCGGACUCAGAGAUUUAGGAAAUGAGCGCCAGAAAAAACUGGACGAUAUGCACAAUCUCUUCCAGUUGAAUCGUGAGGUGAUAGAUCUGGAGCAAUGGAUUGCAGAAAGGGAUCUAGCAGCAUCUUCACAGGAAUUAGGACAAGACUUUGACCAAGUUACAAUGCUGAGGGAAAAGUUCCGUGAGUUUGCCCGAGACACUGGGACGAUUGGUCAGGAGAGAGUGGACAGCGUCAAUAUGUUGAUUGACGAUCUCAUUGACUCGGGCCAUUCGGAGGCAGCGGACAUUGCGGCAUGGAAGGACAGCUUGAACGAAGCCUGGGCUGACCUGUUGGAGCUGAUAGACACCCGGACACAGCUGCUGGCCGCCUCCUAUGAACUCCACAAAUAUUUCUACGAUGGCAAAGAGCUUUUGAGCCUGAUCCAGGAAAAGCACGAGGAAUUGCCAGAGGAACUGGGCCGUGAUGCCAACACAGCAGAAUCUUUCCACAGAAUGCACAACACGUUUGAAAGAGAUAUUCAUUCCCUGGGUGUAAAGGUUCAGCAGUUCCAAGAUGACGCAGGACGUUUGCAGACAGCCUAUGCAGGGGAUAAAGCUGCAGCAAUCCAGAAACGAGAGCAGGAGGUGGUUGAGGCCUGGAAGGCACUUUUGGAUGCUUGUGAUUGUCGGCGUACCCAGUUAAUUGAUACAGCUGAGAAAUUCCGCUUUUUCAGUAUGGUCCGGGAUUUGAUGUCAUGGAUGGAGAGCAUAGUAAGGCAGAUUGAAACAGAAGAGAAACCACGGGAUGUCUCCUCUGUGGAGCUACUGAUGAAAUACCAUCAGGGAAUCAGAGCAGAAGUUGACGCCAGAAACAGGAAUUUUGUGUCCUGUAUUGACCUGGGCAAGAUGAUGUUAGCCCGCAAACAUCGUGCUUCUGAUGAGAUCAAAGAGAAGUUGAUACAACUUACAGAGAACAGAAAAUUGAUGAUGGAUAAGUGGGAUGAACGUUGGUACUGGUUACGCCUCUUGCUGGAAGUAUGUCAGUUUGCAAGGGAUGCUUCAGUUGCUGAAGCGUGGCUGAUUUCUCAGGAGUCCUAUCUCAGCAGCCGUGAUCUGGGCAAUAAUGUGGGUGAGACUGAAAAACUGAUCAAGAGACAUGAGGCAUUUGAAAAAUCAACAGCUACAUGGGACGAAAGGUUUGAGGCACUGGAAAGACUCACCACUUUGGAGUUACUGGAGAUUCAGAAACAACAAGAAGCUUUCAAGCGGAGCAAGGAAGCACAAGUAGUGCCGGAGGAACAAGUCGAUCAUGAGCAAAGAACACCUGUUCCAACUCGUGAGGAGAAGGAACAGAAAGAAGGGUGGAAGGUUGAAGACCAGGAAGCAACGGAAAUAACUCCCCAUGUAACAGAAGAGCCAUCACUGAUAACUACAUCGGAAGAUCUGUCCACCAUGGUAAAUGGUACUGACAGCCCAGAAGAUAAAGCAUUAGAGAGUGAAGAAAAAUCAUUGUUUGAAGAGAAGCCUAAUGAGAGGGUCUCCAAGCUUCCACCUUUGAUAUUACCAGCAGUGGAAAUUGAAAAGCCCAGAACUUCAUCUACCCUUCCCAGUUUUACCUCAAUGGAAGAUAUUGUCCAAGUGGGAGGAUAUCUGGGACGUAAACAUGAACUGGAAGGACAUAACAAGAAGGCAUCAAACAGGUCAUGGAUCACCUUAUAUUGUGCCCUGAAGAAUGGUGAAUUUUGCUUCUACAAGGAUAUGAAGAAUUGCAGUGCAGGUGUAACAUACCAUGGAGAUGAUCCACUGAAUCUGAAAAACGCCAUUUGUGAAGUGGCUGCUGAUUACAAGAAGAAGAAACACGUGUUUAAACUGCGGUUGAACAAUGGUAACGAGUACCUGUUCCACUGCAAAGAUGAAGAGGAGCUGCACAACUGGAUCCACAAUCUCAACAUAGCCAUCGCAGAGCAUGGCAAGCCACAGAAUGCAAAACAGGAGGAUGCCAGGUCACAUACCCUCCCUCUCCCCUCUGUGAUUGUCCAAGAAACAAGCCCCGGCAAAAAGGACAAAGAGAAGAGAUUCAAUAUUUUUGCAAAAAAGAAAUGAUUAUUAUCAAAACCAAGGAAACAAAAUUGUAGUGCCUAAUUUACAGAGAUGGCAGUGCUUAAACUACAUCACUUAGGUGAUGCUAGUUUCUGCAAGUGUAAAUAUAUAUUUCAUCUUUAUAAAGUGUCAGCCAAAUAACAUUUUUAUUAAUUUACUGAAACCAUGUGCAUCUUCCAAAUGAAAAUUAUUUUUGGAAUGACUUCGAGUUUUGCAUACACUUUAGCAGAAACUGCAACACAUAUUUUCCAUACAAAAUUCACAAAACCUUGCUAAUGGAUGAGAAAUGCAAAUUUAGAUUAAAUAGAGCUUUAAGAUCACUGAGUUACCCAGCCUUGUUAGUAAUUGUUCUCCUAUUGGCAUGGUCGCUCAAACAUACUUUGAAACUGUUGCAAGUACACCAUAUUUAAACUAAAUUGCCAUAACCAAAGAAUAUUUUUUUAACAAAACAAUAUAUAAUAAUUCUAUGUAAAAGCCAUUUUCUUUCAAAUUUAAAAUAAAUUGCAAUAUUAUUGGACAGGUAACAAUGUAAGAUUGAUAAAUAUAAUAAUUUAAUCUUGGAAAUGGUUAAAAGUGCCAAGUUUGUACUGUAAGAUCAAGAGUUGAAGGCAUAUAUGUACAUUUUGGCAUGUAUUUUUAUAGUGUUGCCACAUAGAUUGUUUUAGCAAAUCAGGCAUUUUGUCAAAUCUCUUGUAACAUUUUUUUGCCUUCAUUGUGUAAAAGUUCUUUGAGCCACCGUUUAUUGCGCAAAUUUGUUUUUGGAUGUUUUAUGGCAAAAUUAAGCAUCUUACAGUAAAUCGACACCAACGUGUAAAAUGUCAACACACACUGACUGGAGAAAUCACUGCCAUUAUUUUUUUCUCUUUCAUAGUCUUUUUACUUGUUACUACCUGUUGCUAGCAAACAAAAGGCUUUCUUUAAAACUGCAAUCAUACUUCUAUUAACUGCAUUGAAAGGGUGAUCAACCAUUAGUUUUCUAAGUAUUAAACAUUUCCAACCAGGUGCUCUUGGACUGAGCAGUGAUAAAGUCCUCUCAGUAUGUUAGUUCCGUUAGAAAUACCGCAAGCAAUUGAAAAAACAUAUGUACAAAAAUAAUGUAAUCAGUUGUUAGUCUUAUUUUAUCGUACACUCCUUUCUGUUUGAUAUUAUAUUGGUUUGAAUUCUUUUUUAAGUCUUUUCCAAAGGCAAAUGUGACAUGCAAAUAUUAUACUCUUUAGGCUGAAGAU